GGGUCGCCUUGUCCUUCUGCCGGGGGCUAGGUCCCACUUAGACGAAUUCAUCGAUAUAUCGACCGUAGAUAGCAAAGAUCAACGGCCAGACAAUCUCUUAAUCCGUGCAAGUGGGACAUUGCCCCAGGAUGGGAUUCGCUCUUGACGUGGUUGUAUGCCAUCUGUCGGACCACUCCACCCACCGGACGAAGGCUGCAGGACGGCUGCAGUGGGCGCGGCGAGGUCGGACAACUCCACCCAUCGCCAUUUUCUCGUGGACCGAAUCCCCCCCGUCUCGUGGACCGAACCUCCCAAGGGACGGGGUAUAGGCAGACAGGGAGCCAAGGUGGGGGAAUGCGGUGGUGGUGAAGGGAAUGUUCAUUGGUUCAGAACUACACAAACACGCACACACACACACACACACAUACAGGGUACACAGAGAGAGAGAGAGAGAGAGAGAGAGAGAGAGAGAGAGAGAGAGAGCUGGCUAGAGUGGUGGCGGAGAGAGAGAGAGAGAGAGAGAGAGAGAGAGAGAGAGAGAGAGAGAGAGAGAGAGAGAGAGAGCUGGGUAGAGUGGUGGCGGCGGCUGUUGAGAGAGAGAGAGAGAGCUGGGUAGAGGGGUGGCGGCGGCUGUUCAUUGAUUCAGAACUUCACAAACACGCAGAGAGUGUGUGUGUGUGUGUGUGUGUGUGUGUGUGUGAGAGAGAGAGGUGAAGGAGCAAGUGAAGGGGAGGUGAAAGGAGAGGGGAGGGAUUUGUGUGUAGUAAAGGGGGAGAGGAAGGAGAAAGUGAUCGAAGGGAGGUGUGGUUCAUCUGUGACUAUUACACGUGGCGGCGAAGGAGCAAAGCGAGGAUGAACAAUUUGAAUUCCUUGCGGAAUGUGAAGUUGCCAGCUGGAGGGCCAGCGAAUGCGCUUUUGAAAGUGGCCGUGCUCGGAGGGCUGAGCUUGUAUGGAGCUAUGAACAGUCUGUACAAUGUGGAAGGAGGUCAUAGGGCGAUCAUCUUCAAUCGCAUCGUCGGUGUUAAGGAAAAGGUGUACCCGGAGGGCACUCACCUGAUGAUCCCGUGGUUUGAUCGGCCCAUCAUCUACGACGUGAGGGCGAGACCUCAUCUUGUGGACAGCACGUCAGGCAGCAGGGAUUUGCAGAUG